GGGCAUGACAGCGCCGGGCACCAUCAGGGCAGAGCAGUGACCGGCUGACCUGGGAACGGGCCGGGGGUCCAGAGAAGGUGGUUGAAGAACUAGCCAGGGUGGGGCUGCUUGUCGCAGACCACAGCAGAGCUGCUUUCUUGGGGAUCCUUCUAGUCUGCAUGGCUUGAGAUGGGCAUCGGUGUUUGGCCGGCUGUCACCCUCAAACUCCCCUGCCCUGGGGGUCCUGGCUGCCUGGGGCUGGGGACUGUUUGCUCUUGCAUUACAAAGGCAGUGGGAAUGUGACUUUCUCCAGCCGCAGGGCUGAUGCCCAGCUGCCAACCACCUGUAUCCUGCCUGAAAUAAUCCAUGGAGUGGUUUCGCCUCGUAGCGCUGUCAAACUCCUCUGAGAAGCUGAUUAUCCACACAACUAGUUUUGCUUCUGGCCUAUCUCCUCCCCUCACAGCACGGUGGGCUUCUCUAGAGGGGAAAACAGAUCCUCAGUGCUCUGUGGGGUGUGUGCGUGUGGAGAAGACUUGUGUAUCCUAUUGCCAUAGAGGGGUGCGAGGUGACACUUGGUCAAGCUGGAGCAGGAGUCACAAAUUAAUCUUUGUGGCCGGCUCACGCCCAGUAUAGACAGCUGCCCUGUGUUAGCAAGGAGCUGCUGUAGUGUCACCCGGGGUGCCGGGUCCCCCCACCUUCUCCUUGGCAAGACCUGUGUCAUUCCUGCAGUGCUUGUGCCCUUGUUGCUCUUACUACAGUACCUGGGGGCAGGCAGCGGCCGAUUAGGGAAUGGGACGCUUAAGCCUGAGUCUCCCCCUUUCCGGGCUCCCAUGCUUGGACUUCCGGACUAGGGCUUAGAUACCCCAACAAUAGGCCUGUUAAAGAUACCUUGGCUAUGUUGGACACCAUGGGAUGCAGUGUGGGUCUAGUGGAUGGAGCACUGGGCCAGAUGUCAGGAGUCCUCCGUUCAGUUUCUUGCUCUGCCCCUAAUGUGGAGGGUGACUUUGAGCAAGCCACUCCCUAGCCCCUUGCCUCAGUUUCUCCAUAUUUACAAUGGAGGUGGUGAUACUGGCUUCCUGUGUAAAGUGCUUUGAGCUGUAUGGAUGAGAAGUGCUAGAUGCAGAGAACAGAUUCUGGUUUUCUAGCUUCUCUUGAGAUUUAUGGGCACUGUAGAGGACUUGAUUUCGUUUUUGCUUUGCGUAGCAGGCGCUUGCUGUGUGCUCUCUGGGAGGAUGGACGGGACUGGCCCUGAUUUCAUGGAGGAUCUGACGGUCUGAAAUGGCUUUGGCCUGAAUCAGAGCUCUGUGAGCUCCUCUCUCACCAGCAGAAUUUGGGCCAAGAAAAACGAUUCCCUCACGCACCUUGUCACUCUUGUUCUGGGAAAAGCAUUGAUUUUGUUCAUCUUUUACAAAGCAAAUGUGUUCCCAUGUCUGCCUGGAAGUCAGUUCACUUCCGAGUUGCCCUGUGUCCUGGACCUCGUCAGGCUGUCUGUUUAACUGCGUCCCAGGAGAUGCCUUGGCUGACUGGUAGGCAGCAGCUCUUGCCCUGUGGAAGCGUGGCUGCAGCUUGAGUUGUGUGGGAGUUUAGCUGACUAGACAGGGAGCUGUCCUGGAGGCGUUCGGUGAUCGAAUGUAAGAGCCCUCCCAAGUAUUUGCUGUGUGAUGUCACAUCUUUGUAUUGGGAUCCUCUUUCUGCUGGCACAGAGCACAGCGACGUCAGGCCCUUGGACGUGCCAGGACUGGGGCUGUCUGGGGAGAGGAGCUUUCAUGCAAGUUGUGUUGAAAACUUGUUCCCUGGCUGCUUUUGAGCCUGUUCUGCCCAUUGCUUAGACCUGCCCCCGGGGCUUGUCCUGCUCUAGAGCCCUAGGAUGGGCCAGGUUCUCUGGUCCAGCCGCCGGGGCCCAGUCAGCUUGCACUGGUGGUGGUGCCCAUGUGCCUUCGGAAACCUUGCGGCCCCUCUGGGAGCUGUUUGUCCGCUGGGAACCUUCCAUUCAAGGGUGGCCAGCUUUGCCCAGGCAAGGCCGGGCUGGCAGCUCAUCAGGAGAUCGGACUUUGAAGUGAAGCAGAUGGAUGCGCUUCAGUACAGAGUGCUUCUCUCUGGAGGAAGAUGAGCUGAGCCGGCACUUGGUUCCCACCUGCAGCGAUGCCAUUCUGGAGGCCGAAGGGAUCCUGGGAACGAUGCAGAGCUACCUGGACUCCUCCGUGAUCUCUAUCAUUGAGGACUUCGGCACCCUGACCGAGAACAAGACCUGCCUGGAUGCUCCAAAUGAGCUGUCCCUGCUGACGGCCAUCACCGAGAUCCUGGACAGCACGGAUGACGAGACACUGUCUCCGUUUGACACCACCUUGGACUCUGAAUUGCUGGCACUGCCCCGGGAACGCGAAUGUUCUUCGUUUCAGAAGUUUCUCAGCUUGUCCCGGGCUUCCCCUGAACACAGAGUUCCUGCCCUAGAUGAUCCAUGGGGCCUCAGCGGCCCAGCCGCCAUCGGCAAGGUGGAGACGGGCCCGGUGGAUCUGCCCUGGAACCGUCCACUGAGCUGCCUUGAAGAGCCAGCAACACUAAAGCCGCGCCCCAGCAGAGCGCCCUGGGCGGAGCGGAAGCUCCCCAGGCCCCAGCCCCUCCCGCAGCGCAGCGAUGGGGAGGAGGAGGAGGACGCUGCUAGCCCUGGGCAGCGCGGUGGCGUGGCAGCGACAAGGGGUCUGCGGGAGAGCCCCAUGGAUUUGUGCGCCGAGGCUGGGGGUGAGGAGGCGGCAUGGCUGGAAGACACUGACACUCCCUGCAUCAUUAGCACAGGGGCCGGGUCCCUUAGUGAGCUGGUGAAGUCCAUGCACCCGUACUGCCUGCCCACGCUCACCGUGUGCCUGGACCCUGCCAGCGAGCCAGUGGCAAAGGAGUUCUUAUCCGGCCCGCUCCUGCUGGAGAUCGUGCCAGGUGAAGGUGAGAGCCUGGAGAUCCCCGUGGUCCUGCAGCAGCUGGGCCCAGGAGCCCAGUUCCCAGCUGAAGGGGAGGGAGCUAGCGGUUUCCUGCCUGGUGAGAGGGGUGGUGCCCUGGAGUCGUUGCUGACGGAUGGUGUGGUGCCAGUGGAAUUGCCUGCCCAUGGGUGCGAGACUGAGGGCCCCGUCAGGGCCCCCCAAGAGGAGCCUCCCAGCCCAACCCAGGCAAGAGAGUCCCCCCGGGGGAUUGACCCCGAAGCGAAGGACGAGGUGAGGCAAAGAGACCAGGAUCUGGAGAGCAGCUCCCGGCGCAGCACGGAGGCGCCAGUGGGCGGGAAGCACCAGGGCACCGAAAAGGGCCGAGGGCGCGAGAGGGCCAGGAAAAGUCGGAAAAAGAAAAGGGAGGAAUCACAGAAGGGCCAGGCCAAGCCAGAUGGGGACUGCGUGGUGCGCAGGCUCCGCUCCACGUCCACAGUGCAGCCGGCCCCCCAGCGCUCCCCCAGCUGGGCAGCCCGGCCCUCUGUGCAAGUGUCCACCUUCCUGGCAAAGCAACUGGAGCAGGCCAAGAAGAAAGGGCAGAUGGAGCUGCAGUCGGCCAGAGGGAGGCCUAGGGCAGCAGCAGCCGGGGGCGGCCUGCAAAGGAAGGGGUGCCCUGCGAUGCAGAAGCAGCUGGAGGCGGAGAAGACCAACAUGCAGCCAGCGGGGCAGAGUGCCAAGACCUCCGGGCCCUCGGAGCAGGCCAUGCUCAGCCCCGGGGAGCAGGGAGAGGUAGCUCCGGGGUGCAGUGAGGGGAGCCAGCCUGCCCCCCCCACAGGGAGCACCCCCUGCACCGGGACCUCAGUGCUGAGGGGGAGGCUCUGGAGCCUGCAGGAAGCAGAGCGGGCUGGGCUGAGGCUGCUGGCUGGCCGUCCAAGCCCAAGGCUCUCAAAAGGCACCUGCGGGGCCCCCCCAGCCCGAGCCGGCUCUAGUGCCCCCGGGGCUACAGCUGCCUGUCCCUCCACCGGCUCUGGGGGCUGCUGGUGCAGUGACGCCACUGGCCUCCCCGGCAUCCUAUGGCCUCUACCCACCGGUGCCUUCCUGGCCUUGCUUUGGGCCUCCGCCUGCCGGCUACCCCAGUCUGCCUCCACCACGGCCGCUGGCGGGUCACCCAAUGCCUUUCACCUGGUGCCUGGCCUGCCCCCGCCAGCCGUGGCCUGGCCCCCCCCUGCCCUGCCACUCCCUCCCUUCGGCCCAGGCGCGCCGUGUGCCCCCAUGGGCUGGCCCCUGGCCCUCCAGCCACCCUACUGGCCCGGGAUCCCCCUGCCGCCUCCCAUGGUGUACAGUGAUCCAGGGGCCGCUCUGCUCAGCCCAGGGGCAAACCCCUUCCCAGGUAGCCCAGCCACCCUGGCACCGAGCUGCCAAGAGCCCUCAGCUUUCACAGUACAGCCAACGAAGCCAGUGCUGGCCAGCCAGGCCACCGCUGCUGCCAAGCAUGAGGUACCAGCCCAGCCCCUGCAGCGCGGUGCACAGCCCUCCGGCCGGGCAUCUGAUCCCAGGAGGCAGAGCCGGCCUGUGGGCGAGUCACCUGCCCCCCAGCCUGUAGGGCAGCCCCCUAUUGCCACCGCCCGGACCGUGGGAGAGUCAGCUGCUGCCUGGCCUGUGGGGCAGCCCCCUGCCCCUUGGCCUGUAGGGCAGCCCCCUAUUGCCACCGCCCGGACCGUGGGGGAGUCAACCACUGCCUGGCCUGUGGGGCAGCCCCCUGCCCCUCCGCCUGUGGGGCAGCCCCCUGCCCAGCCUACAAGGGAUCCCCCUGCCCCUUGGCCUGUGGGGAAGUCGUCUGCUGCCCAGCACCCGAUUGUCACUGCCCAGCCCAUGGAGGAGUCUGUUCCUGCUGCUGCCCCUUGGCCCGUGGGGGAGUCGACCACUGCCCAGCCUGUGGGGGAACCCCCUGCCCAAUCUACGAGGCAGCCCCCUGCCCCUCGGCCUGUGGGGGAGCCCCCUGCCCAAUCUACAAGGCAGCCCCCUGCCCCUCGGCCUGUGGGGGAGCCCCCUGCCCCUCGGCCUGUGGGGGAGCCCCCUGCCCAAUCUACGAGGCAGCCCCCUGCCCCUCGGCCUGUGGGGGAGCCCCCUGCCCAAUCUACAAGGCAGCCUCCUUCCCCUCGGCCUAUGGGGGAGCCCCCUGCCCAAUCUCCGAGGGAGCCCCCUGCCCCUCGGCCUAUGGGGGAGCCCCCUGCCCAAUCUACAAGGGAGCCCCCUGCCCCUUGGCCUGUGGGGGAGCCCCCUGAUACCUGCCCCAAGGCAGCGGCUGCAGCUCCAGCGAAGGUCUCAGUGCCCAGCCUGCUGGAGGGGGCUCAGCCAGACCCCAAGGGAGCUGUCCUGCAAGAGCCCCGGCCGCCUGGGCACACGUCCAUCCCCGGGAAAGCGGGGGCACUGCUGAGAGCACGUGAGGAGAGCCAGCCCACCAAGCCGGCCCCUGCCCGGCCAUGGAGACACCGGCCCCUCAUCGGCCCGGCCCAGCCUGGUGCCAGCAAGGACAUCGUGCAGGCCUUCAUCAGCGAAAUCGGAAUUGAAGCCUCUGACCUGUCCAGCCUGCUGGAGCAGUUUGAGAAGACUGAAGCCACGAAGGAGGAGCUGCACGUGCGAUGCCCUAGGGACAGGCUGGUGCUGAGGAAUGCUGGCAGGUCGGAGAGCCACCAGGACAAGAACCCGCCAGACAGCCUGCAUGCCCCGGAGCUGGCCAACGUUGCCGGCCUCACCCCGCCGGCGACACCACCCCACCAGCUCUGGAAGCCCCUGGCUGCCGUCUCGCUGCUGGGGAAGCCUGGGGCCGCCCCCCAGGAGGGCAGCCAGAGAACUGCCAAGUUCAUGGAGGCCAAGCCACUGCCCCAGAGCAAACCUCGGGGGAAGGGCCAGCUCCCCACGACCUGCGGCCCACCCCCCAGGCAUGUGGGAUCUGGAGACCAUGACUACUGUGUCCGUGGCCCUGGCCAGCCAGAGGAGGGCUCCAGGCUCCCUAGCACACCAGCCCCGUCGGAGCUGGGCUCCCGCUGGAAUGUGAAGCAUCACCAGGAUAUCACCAUCAAGCUGCCCUCCUCCCUCCCCACACGGACGCUGGCCUGGCCCAGGCUCAGCCCCAAGCCUGGCACUGCCCCUGGUUCCAGCGAGCAGCUGGAUCACCGGACUAGUGCCCAAACCCAGAUUGUCGCUGACCGGAGCAGCCCCCGCCCCUCGGUCCUGCUGUCUCCGGACACGUCCCCCUGCCGGGACGAGGAGCCGCGGACUCGGGACCCGCAGCUGAAGCAGCUGGCUGCCAAGAGGUCCCUGCGCUGCUACCGGAGACGUGGGGCAUCGCCAAGCCCCCGGGCCCGCGCCAGCCGCUCUUUCAGCUCCACGUCCAGCGGGGCCAGCGCCUCCUCGUCGUCCUCCUCUUCCUCCUCCUCCUCCCGGUCUCGGUCCCGGUCGCUGUCUCCCCCACCAAAGCGGUGGCGAAGCUCCCACUCCUCCUCCCGCUCUAGCUGUGGGUCGUGCGGCCGGUCCCGGGGGAGGUCGUCGUCGUCCUCAUCCUACUCGUCCAGAUCCUCCUCGGCUUCCCACAGCCGCUCCCCGUCACCCCGCAGGAGGAGUAACCGGCGGAGAAGAUAUGAUUACUGCGACCCUCCGGAUCGCCUCCAGCACCAGAAAGUCCUCCACAAGGAACGUGCAAUAGAGGAGAGGAGAGUCGUCUUCAUCGGCAAGAUCCCCAGCAGGAUGACGCGGGCAGAGCUCCGGCACCGCUUCUCCGUGUUCGGGGACAUCGAGGAGUGCACCCUCCACUUCCGGGCUGAGGGGGACAACUAUGGCUUCGUCACCUACCGCUACGCCAAGGAGGCCUUUGCCGCCAUUGAGAGUGGCCACAAGCUGCGGCGCCCAGACGAGCAGCCCUUCGACCUGUGCUUCGGGGGGCGGCGCCAGUUCUGCAGGAGGAACUACGCGGACCUGGAUUCCAACCGGGAAGAUUUCGACCCUGCCCCCAUCAAGAGCAAGUUUGACUCCCUCGACUUUGACACCUUGUUGAAGCAGGCGCAGCGCAAGCUGCGAAGGUAGCGCUGGACCCGUGGCGGCUGUGCCCGGUGCCUGCAGGAGGUGCCAGCCGGCGCCCCGGCCUGGCUGCAGCCCAGUAGGGCUUUGCAGAGAAACGCAAAAGACAAAAAAAAGUGUCAAACCCGAUUUUUUAAACAGUUUGUUUUUAUAACAAAUAUUUAAGGCCGAUGAAUUGUCUCUGUUAACUGAGGGGCUGGCCCAGCCCAGUCGCUCCGGUUAAUAAACCCGGCUCCAACCCA